GCUACCCUUACAAUCAGAGAACGUGGUCAGCGGAUGUGGCCACGGUCAGCUCCGCGAGCGAAGCGACUCUUCCCGCAGGCUGAUUCAGGCCGCGAGAAACGUUCCAAUGGCCGGGCGAACGCUGCAAUUUAUUGGCGGUGUUUUUGUCCAGACGACCCGGAUGUACCUGAAGCAAGCGAUGGAGCGGUUUGGAGAAGUAGAGGUUUGCCAUAUGGGCAACCGCAACAAUCCAGAAGAAGAACCUCCCUGGGUCCGCUUUAUGACUGAGAAAGCUGCACAAGACGCGCUGGAUGCGCUGAACAAAGGCGAAGUCUUCGUGGAUGGCAAUCAGCUGAAGGCGCAAUGGCGACCUGCCCGUGGUGGGAAAGGCGAAGGCCGACGUCCUCCACCAGAGAAGGAUCAGAUGCACCGCAGGGACUUGGACUUCAGCUCACGCGACAUGAUGCUGCAAGCACGUGCGGCUGGUGGCAGGAACAGUCGCAAGGAGAGCCGAGGGCGAAGUGGCUCCCGUGACCGCAGGAGACGUCGGAGCCGCAGCCGUAGCCGCAGCCGUGGCCGAGACCGCCGGCGGUGACUGGCGAUCAGUGAGGGAAAUCACAGGAAAGCUGUGAAACAGGGAAUUAAGCAGUUCAGCAGUUGUCCUGGUUUGACCAAACCAGGCAUUUCUAUGUGCUCAAGUCAAGGAGCUGCUGGGUACACCGGUUUCAAAAAGAGUUUGGAGAUCAACAUUUCCAACGCCCAGCUUCGGAAAUCUGAGACACCCUUCAUGCGUCCAGUUUUCAAGUGGCUGGAGAGUGAUUGGCUUCCGUUUGUUGAUUGGUCUACUGAGUCUACUGGUCUACAGUCCCCUCUUUGAGCUGCCGGAUCUGCCGGUAUGGAAGAUCCGUUAGUGAUGGAAGUUGUUGACCCCGAUAAACAACUAUGGGAAGUCAAAGCUGCCAGGGCUGUCAUUCUUGUUUUCAGAUUUUUCACCCUGUCGCUGCCAGGUGUUGAGAAGCUCCAGCCUGCCACUGGAUAGUCUCGCAACAUCUUGCAACCGUGUGCUAUGCAUUUGAGAGGCAAAGCCUGUCUGCUAAAAACAUGCUGGAAGCGGAACGCAUGGAAGUUUUGGGCAAUGCAUGCCGAGAACUGGCAUCAAGAUGCAUCAAGUAGAUACUGUCAAUGAGCCUAAAC